UAGCCCUCUUUGCUAUGUACACUUUCCCUUCUUCUUUGCAAAAGCAAAGCUCUCUCUCUCUCUCUCUCUCUAUCUCUCUCUCUCUCUCUCUGCAAAAUUUCAUCAAACUUUCUCUGAUUUUCUUUUAAUAUUCUUUGAUUUUUUACGAAGAUGGUUAUGGCAGUUCUCAAUCCUCAGGAUUGUCUUCAAAACCCUCUCCCUUCACAAACCACCACGUUCCCUCCUAAGAAAUCCAUCCGAAACUCAAACGGGUCGUCCCGGAUCCAAACCCAACAACGGAACAAAAGCAAGCGGAGCACAUCUCGACCCAAGAACUCCUCGCCGCCGAAGGUCGAGAAACCCGCCGCCCCCACAGCCGCCGCCGCCGCCGCUGACCUCGUGAUGGGUCAAGUGAAGAUACUGAAACGAGGAGAGGAGUUUACUGUAGCCACCGCUAUAAAUCGGCCACCAUCGCCAAAGAAGGUCGUCAACAAGGACGAGAAACGUGGAGCUCCGGUUAAGGGAUCCGGGAAGAAACCGGAUUCGGGUAAUUGGGAUUCGAAGUUUUACGCCGGGUCGUUCGUUUCCAUAGCGUCGCCGCCGCCGAGUUCGCUGCCUAUUCCGGGUUUUUUCGCGAAGAAGAAGAGCGGUGUUGGUUUGAGCAACGAAGAAGCUACGAACGAUUUGUUGAAGAUAUUACGGUUGGAUUUGGUAUGACUAAGGGUUGGUUAUUUUUGGGGCUAAGUCUAAUUAGUUAGUCUGAUUCAGGAAUUAGGGAUUUGCUUUCUGGUUCUUCUACUUUCCUAAUUUUUUUUAAACGGGAAAGAGAAAAACUUGUUUGUACAUCCAAAUUUGUUUGUUAGGGAAAUUUAUAUCUAUGUGCUAGUGUUGUUGGUGUGUGUUGUUUUCUUUUGGGGGUUUGUUGUAAGUCUCUCCCAGAAAAGAAAGCAAUUAAUUUUAUAUUUCAUUAUGAUUUAUGUAAAAUCUGUAUUUGUAUAUAUGGAUUUAUUAAUGAAGGGUUUGUUUGGUGGAAA